GAUUUUUCUAUAUAUACAUCACAUUACCCAUUAUUUCUAUCAUCAACCAAACAACAAGAAAUAUUUCAAUAACUUGAAUCAUUACAUAAGAUCUUCAGAAGCUUCAAAAGGAUUCAAACUUUCAAAAAAAAAACUAGAAAUGGCUUUCGUGAGAAAUCUAUUGGGCGUAAAGAAGAUUCUUGGAAGCUCUGUAACAGCAGCUUCUACCAGCAAAAGAGCAAUAUCGGAGGCACCAAAAGGGUUUCUUGCGGUGUACGUAGGGGAGAGUCAAAAAAAGAGAUAUGUGGUGCCAAUCUCAUACUUGAGCCAGCCUUCGUUUCAAGCUCUUCUUAGCAAAUCAGAAGAAGAGUUUGGUUUCAAUCAUCCAAUGGGUGGCUUAACGAUCCCUUGUCCUGAAGAUGCCUUCAUCGCUGUGACUUCUAGGCUCAUAUGAUAUGAUUAACCAACAUAUUGUAUUCAAAUUAGACAUAGACUUGUUCCUUGUAAAUACAUGAGAUUUUUUGUUACUCUUUCUUCUUGAAAGAGCUGUUCUAAAAGUUUUGAGAGUAUAUACCACAAUCAUGAUUCAUGUUAAA